CCGACAGCUGAGAAGCAGCAGACGCAUUCCAGCCAGGACAGCUGUGAUAUUUCAGCUCCUGUUUGUAAACACCUCCUAGACCCAAAGAUUUCCCUUAAUAACACCAAUACCAAAGAAGGCUAUGAUGUUGACCUCAGCCCAAAUUCUGUUUAUUUCAACACUGUUUAGUUUACUACUACUUGGAAGCUAUGGGGAAGAAGGUCUGGAAGUAAAAACAACACAAAACAUUGCAGAAGACUUAAAAACAAUGGCAAAUGGACAUGUUUCUUUGGAAAGUGCAACAAAUUUAAAAUCAAAUCAAGAAGACAGAGAAACCUCCAAUCCUAGAGCAAGUAAUUCCUCUCUUCAGGAUUCAUCAAAUAAAACCAACGGAACAACAGAUUUCAUCAGUAAUUCGCCAACAGACAACUUUUCCAGGAGUCCGAGACCCACGUCCACAUUUCCCACAAGUCCUCCCUUGAUCAACAGCUCUGUGUCUAAAUUGCCUCAGAACUCAUCUGUAGCAGAUGGAAAUCCUGUGUCCGUCUCAGCACCUCCCAACGCUACAUCUGCUGUAUCUUCAGAAAAUUUCACUUGGUCUUCAGCCAGUGAUACCAUGAAAACUACUGACAACAGUUCCCUUACAGGUAGCAUCCUCCCUUCAGCACCAACCACCAUCUCUAUGAACCCCAUGACGACGGAACCUGAUGAAUGGCUGACCACAACGGGUGAUACCUUGGGGGGGUUUACCCCCUACCAGGAAACGACACCACAGCCCACCUUAAAAUUCACUAAUAAUUCAAAAAUCUUUCCAAAUACAUCAGACCCCCAAGAAGAGAAUAGAAACACUGGAAUAGUAUUUGGGGCCAUUUUAGGUGCUAUUCUGGGUGCUUCAUUGCUUAGUCUCGUUGGCUACUUGUUGUGUGGAAAAAGGAAAACCAAUUCAUUUUCCCAUCGGCGACUUUAUGACGACAGAAAUGAACCAGUUCUGCGAUUAGACAAUGUACCGGAACCUUACGAUGUGAGUUUUGGGAAUUCUAGUUAUUACAGCUCAAAUGUGAAUGAUUCAUCCAUGGUGGCAGGCCGAGAAAAUGCACGUGAUGGUAUUCCUAUGGAUAAUAUACCUCCACUUCGUACCUCAAUAUAAAACUAAGGGGAAAAGGUUUCAGAUGGCAAGAGUUCACCUACACCCCGGCCUUUACACAAUCCCAUCUUCCAAAAGCUGAAGCAAGAUCACUGUCAUGUGGCUUGUGCCAAGGAGAACUGUAAAAGCAUGAGACCAGUAUCAGAAACAGAAAGAGAGGCUAAAUCACCCCAAAGGUUUCCUUUCUUACCAUUGUUGGCUGUACUGAACAUGUAUUGAAUCUCCUUCAUUUGUAUUUUGGUCUAUUUUUUUUCUGAGUAAGACCUGUUUGUGGAAUCAGUUAAGACUAAAAGAUUUCGCCUCCAUGGCCCUGCUUGGUAAUUAAAUUUAAAAAAUCCUUCAGUGAAAACGGAGAACAGAAACUACAUUUUCACUUUUUUUUUUGGACCAAAAGCAAUGGAUUGACUCUUCACCACUCCCCCUGUAGUCCUAAUGCCGUACAUUACCGUUGACAUUCUGUUGAAGGGACACUGGAAAUGACUUUUUUUUUUUUUUUUUUUGACUUGAAGCUAGAAGAUGAGUAUGGCACAGAAUUUCUGUUUCCGGAAAAUUAAGAUAAUGGGAGUAAGAAAACUGUAUUCUACUACAUUUUACUUUUCUGGAUCAGUACAUGCAUAGCCAGUCCCUUGGUUGUCAAGUUGACAAUAAUUUUAUAUUCAACAGGGCCAUAUUAGGAAGGCUGACCCAAACCAGAAAAGUAACUGCUUUUCCUUAAAGGGUGGGGCAAUUCCAACUUGUCUGACUUAUUUUAGGCCUUAGUGAAUUGGGUAGUUCAAAAAUUCAAUGAGAAACACACUGAGAAACGUCAGCCAAAGCAUGUACCUGUACAUAAUUUUUACAGUUUUAAGAUGUUAGAUAAGAACAGAAUUUAUGUAUUAGAUAUUAUCGCUCAAUCAUAAAUGGAAGAGAUUCUACAUCUCUAAAUAUAUGACCUACAAGGUUAGAAAAUAGAUGAAUGAAAAUGUUAAGCAAACAAAACAUUUUCUGAGCAUCACUUUCAUGAUCGAAAUACAGGAAGCUUAAUUUGGAUUCCAGUAUGUUUCAGGCUGUUUUUAAUUAUGACCUACUUUUGGCAGGAAAAACAUUCUUCUUAGUACAGGAAGGUCUGAGGCUUUAGGGAUCAG